GCGGACCAGAGAUAUUAGAGGAUUUCAUCCUCCUUCAUGGGCUUAUGCGCUAGGCAUUUUUCUUUCUGUGACUACGCUAUGUGUCCCCCUGUCCUCCGCCGAAAUGUCCGUAUCCGCAUCCCUCACGAUUCCAGAUUGUGCCAGUGGUCUGUAUUGGAGUCCAAUACUGAUGGCCUGCACAGCCUGUCCUACCAGUGAAAAUGAGAUUCUUGGUCCUAAAGGGUCAUGUGUAUGUAGUGUUGGCUAUGCACGAAAUCAAGUCAAUGGACGCUGUGAAGCAUGUCCGGCAGGAAAGGUUGGAUCUACCGAUGAGAGCUUUUGCAUUGGUUGUGCCUCACCAGCAUCACAAACUGUUCUCGCGCAAACUGGUAGCCAAUGCACUUGCGGUUCUAUGGAAUAUCUCGUGGAUCGCAACGCCACUGGCAGACUUGAUACCGCCAUCUGUACAUCCUGUCCAGCCAAUUCCCACCCCAGUUUAGAUUUAUCUACAUGUGUAGAAUGUCCGGAUCCAGGAAUGAAUGCUGUCAACAGUAGCGGCAGCUAUAGUUGCGUUUGUCGGACCGAUCUGGGUUAUAGCGCAACUCCACAAGACCAUACAUGCCUUCUUUCGACAGACAUUAGCCAGAUAAAUUCUUUGAUCGGCAGCACGAAUCCAAAUACAAUUACAUAUCAUAAUCUAGUUGGACCGGAGGGCACCAUCACGCCCAUUACCAUUACAUCAGACGUAUUUGCUUCCCUAUUUAUGAAGGCGGCUUCCCAAUGCCUGCGCCAGCAGAUUUCCCAAGCUUGUCAGGCGCUGGCUAAUCUCUGCGUGCUCCAGUUAUACGAUUUUUCGACGGCACCCUGUCAAGUCUAUCAGUCGAUUAUACGAGGACAGUCGUCCGUGGCAGAUACACUUGACGCGCCCCAAGGUUUGCCAUGGCUAUACUAUGGUCUACUGAGCUCCCAGGAAUCUACAACGUUUACAAGUCAAGUGCUUAAUCUCACAGUGGAUAUCGGUUCUGGAGCGGGUGUAUCUCGUUUACCAUUUGUCAUGUCUACUUAUUCGUUGAACGGAACAUAUCUGGGUUUGCAGAAGCUGACCACCCAGCUACAGCUUUGCACUGCAGUGCCUAGUGAGCGAGCAGAUGAUUGGCGCCAGAUUGGAUACGACUACGUAGCAUCGUGCACAAUAGAUUUGGCAAGUGCCAUCAAUUCCACUUCUGCUGCCACCUUUUACGAUUUAUUUAUAGAGGAUAGUUUGGGGAUAUUGAAAGCUGUACCAACACGCUUUAUCAACUAUCGUACACUUGCUGGACGCCAACCUAAUCUGAAUGCCGAUCCUCUCGACUACGGCUCCAGUGUUCUUUUCCGCCGGUUUUUCAGCAUUGACGAUGUAAGUGGAGUCCAAGGCGGAAUUUUAAAGGUUAUUCGAGUGCCCCUUUCGAUGACGUUCUGGAUUCGUAAGGCAGAUUCAGAUGGGCGGAUUUACAUACCAGUCCUUGAUGUCACAUAUACAGAGCGAGACGUUUCCACACUCUCAGCACAGACAAGUAUCUCUUUGCAGUUUGUUUUCUCUGCUCUAUAUAUCAUGCAUCUGGACAGCUUCUGGCGAGUCAUGACUGUCGUGUUUUCACUGGUCUGUGCUACGGCAGGACUGCUGGCUUUGUACAGUGCCAGAGCAUGGAGUACGAGAAAUCUGACUGUAUCGCAAGGAUGGGAUUUCAAUUUCUUGAGUAGAUGCAUUCUCAUUCUCGCUGGAUGUCUAGCACCAUUACUUUUCUGGUUCUUGCUUGCCGUAUCCGCGUAUUGGUUCUUCUUUUAUAAGAACCAAACCGUGAUGAAAGUCCUCUUACCAUGGUCGGAUUCCGAUCUGCACAAGUUCAAUGCAAUUGUCGUUGCUACACUUGUCUGCCAGAGCGCUUACAUUAUCAAACAACUUUACGAGCAAUGUACAAUCGACAUUUUCUUCAUCGAUUGGGAACGGAGUCGUGGGAAGGUUAUGGCUGCCGGCGGUGAAGGGAAGCCACGGCUGGCAGCUGUAAGUGUGUGGAGGAGCAUAUUCAUGAUGAAUGAGUGGAACAAGAUGCAGACAUAUCGCCGGGUGAAUAUCGGGUUUUCGCUUCUGGCCAUGUACUUUAUAGUCGAGGGGCUCAAAGUUCGAUAUGCUGCUACUCCUCAACCGAAUAUUCACGACCUUACUCCUGGGCUAGUAAGCCCCAUUUUGCUAUUUGCAGUCGAAUGUCUACUGUGGAUUUUGCUCGCCGUUGGCCAAAUCCUUUUUCGUGCGGUUAUCUAUGAGAGAUUCUACAAGGAUAAACUGCUGGAUUUUGUCGAUGUUUUAUCCAUGGCAAACUUGAGCAUUCUAGCGUUCGACGAAUUGUGCCAUGGCUAUUACAUUCAUGGUCGCUCCGUCCACCCGUGCGCUGACACAAAUAUCGGAGAGCUGAAUGCAUUCUUGCGUAGGGAACAGGCCGACUUGGUACCAAGGCGUGGAAUGCAAGAUACGGAUCAGCAGUGCUUUGAAGUAUAUACACAAAAAGAGAUGCGCUCCGCGUUUAACAAAGUGUAUUCAAUCGUGAUUGCUGAAGUGGAGGCACAAACUGCAGGCAAUGUUGCUGCCCGACUACAGCGUCUAUCUGCUGACAAAAUGCAGCGGCGAUUCAACGGAGCUGAUGAAACCCGUGUUCGCGCAUACGAAACUGUCAACCACUUUGUAAGAUCGUUUUUUGAUAAGAACCUAAAAGAAUUCCAAUAUCAUAUCCGGGAACGUACAUAUUUUGAACGCUUCUUGGGUACCACUCCGGACGUAUCACAGAACACUGUGCUUUUCCACACACCUUCAUCUUUCACGAGACUUCUGUUGUACGGUAUCGAAUACCAUCUCCUGAUAUUGUACAUCCUGAUUUUCACGGUGGCGGAUAACGGGUUGGAAAAUACUGGUGCAGCAGCAAUUAUAACGUACGGUGUAGAUGUUGUGAUACGGGUGAUACGAAAGCAUUUUGGGGCAAGCAAUUUGGCGAGGAAGACAAUGAUGGAUAGGAAGUUUUUAAUUUAGUUCUCACUUUUUGUAUUUUUGUCAGUAAGAUAAUUCGAGGGGUAUGCUUACCGUUCAG